AUUUCUGAAACUCUCCGAAUUUGUUUUCACUGAAGUGUGAUAAUAGGCAUUAUAAUAACGCAUCGAAUAUUUUCAAGAUUAGGCAAGAAAUUUAAUUAUUUGUGGGAUGAAUUUUCAUCAGCAAAUACAGUAAUUAGGCCUUCAUAAAUACCCAAGAUAAGCCAACCUUCAGAGUCACAUCAAGGAACGGGAAUUUAAUGAUUAUUUAUUUGCCUUUACUGCAGCCUGUACUGUUGGGACAGUCACUUGAUACCUACCUCCUCUCAUUAUCCAACAUCUGUGCUUUUUGUCACAUUUCACAAACUCCAGUAUCAUCAGUAAAGACACUAAUAGCCAUGGAUGUUGAAGAAUCACAAAACCACACCGGCGAGCCUCUCGGAGAUGACUACAAAAAGAUGGGGACACUUUUUGGUGAACUGAACAAAAGCCUCAUCAACAUGGGCUUCUCGAGGAUGUAUUUUGGAGAACGAACUGUGGAGCCCGUGAUAGUCAUUUUCUUCUGGCUUAUGCUGUGGUUUCUUGGCCUGCAAGCCCUUGGACUAGUAGCCGUCCUUUGCCUUGUCAUUAUUUAUGUGCAACAAUGAAAUGUGGCCCAUGAGCUGUUCGCAUUUGGUAGCCAUAUAUGUAAUCGGCAAAGUUACAUAUUUCACUACAUGAAAGCUGAAAAGUUUGCCUUUUUUCAAAUUGUGUGCUAUUUUGUAAUAAAAUUUAUAAGUGGAUGUUGUUUAAAAUUGAACUCAACUCUUGAUCAUAACAGGGUUGAAUACACAUUUUGUAGUUUAUGCAAAACUUAUUUUACUACCGUGAUCUGUGCCCACUUUUAAACACCCCUAUUCCCAUGCCAAAUCUUAAGUACAACCAUCAAAAAGUGAGCAGGGAAAAUAACAGGAUAUGGAAUUCAAAUCAGGCAAUAUAGGUCUUGUAAAGAGCCCCAAUAAAACAUUUUAGAAGAAAAAGGAUGAAACAGGGAGCCAAAAAUAAAUUUUAAUUGGAGAAUUGCUCCUCGCCCACCCUCAGCAAAUUUGGGAAAUAAUUUGGAUUUCUAUCAGCCCUGCUCAGCCUUAAUCUAUGUAAAUGAUAAUUACUAUACACGAUGUAAAUAUUUUGUUGGAAAUCAGAACAGCAAGCACAUCUGAAGAUUGAAAGGGAUUUAUUUAUCACUGGAGAAACUUCCCAAGUGAAAUGUAACUUUUAUGAUUUGGCUUGGGCCUGGAAUCACUUUAGUAUAUCAUUUGAAGUUUUAGACAUUUUGGGUGCUAAUUACUUUCUGUGGCCAGGUCCAUAGUUGGCUGACCCCCAUGGCGAUGCAAUAUUUUUUUGUAUCUAACAAGUUGCAUAUUUUUUCCUAGAGAGACAUUUUAAGUGUAUUUUUUUCCCAGAAAUUUAAAUUUUAUAGUUCUUUUAUAGCAAUUAUUCUAAGAUUUUAAAAAUCCAUUUCUUAUCUUGGCAUAAUUUUUUUCCCCAAGAAACUUGAUUUACCUGAAAUACUUUACCAUUCUUUUAAGAAAACCAAGUGAACGCAUUUUCUUUGAUCUCUGUAUGAGAAAGCACACUAUGGCAGUGGAAAGGCAAACGCUCACGUUUGGGACUUAACAGCCAGUCGUGAGAGUAACCUUCUACGGCUGAAGCCAGGGCAGUGUUUGGGCAGCCAUGUUAUUAAUGUGUCUUGAUUCAGCACUUUGGGGGUUUUAUAUGGAAAUAAGCAUUUCUUUAAAUACACUUUGAACAUGGAAAAUGGCUUACUGAUAUUUUGAAUUUUGCUAGAGAACUUAAAAUCUUUACGCUUGCAUCUCAGAAACUUUCUAUAUAGACAAAGGAGAGGUAGUUGAGACAAUUAUCUAGAAAGUCAAGUUAAAUCAGAGGAAAAUGAGGCAUUUUAAUCUUUGGCAGGGCAGUAACUAAAGCAUAUAAAAUGUUUACUGUUCCACUUUGUAAAGUUUUUACCCGAUCCUGUUUUAAAAAUGUAUUAUUCUACAAGUUGUCAGUGUCUUCCAUUCUGCAGCAGAAAACUGAUUUUUAAAAAUGUAAAAUGUUCAACUUAGAUUUCUAAAAUCAGUUAAUCCUGAACAAAAAUGCCAGAGGGCACUGAAAAGUAUUGUGCAUUUGUAUAAAUGCAGACCAUUUAAAGUUUUACUUAAAAAAAGACUUUGUACCAUAUCAUUGUGUUUUUAUUGGGUUUGCAAUACUUUUAUAGUAACCUUUAUGAUCUCAGCAUAAGUGCAUGUCAUUUCGAAAGGUGUCUUCAUUUGUGCACAGUAGAAUUUCAAGGUUUUUAAUAGAAGUCAUGAGAUUUUGUAUAUCCGCAUUAAAUACUUAAAAGUACAUUCUUUUCUAAUGCUAUUGGGAAUUUUAAUUUCCCUUUAGAAUGUAAAAAAGAUAUAAUGUGCAUAAUAACAGCUCUGGUUCCACCAGUGCAGAGUGUUGAAAAUAUUUUUAAAGUAAGUUUUGGUAGUGAUUAUUUAGCAGUCCGUCGCACCGUGGACCUGCACUGCUCAUAGGGUGCAUACUAAAUCGCAUACAGAGACGAGACAUCUGCCGUUAUUCUUCCGUUAUGUAGUAUUGGUUAGAGCAGCAUACUAUCAAAUUGUCUCCUUUGACUGGGAAAAAACUUUGCUUAUUCGAUGGAAGUGAAAUAUUUUCUUUCAUGAAAUACAUUAGAAUGCAGAUUAUGCUGCUAUAUCCUGAAACAAAAAGAAACUGGUAACUUCAUUGGUCCGUAUUGUAAGAAAUUAGAUUUAAAAUGAUUCUCAAUCAUUUCAGUCUCAGAAACAAACCAAUUUUAGACACUUACUGCUUAUAAAUAAAGAUAUAAAAGUUACAAA